UUUAUAUACUCAUUAAAUAAUGAAUUAAAAUCAAUUAAAUUUUCUAAAGUUUCUUCACGAACUGAUUCUAUUUCUGAUAACAAUGACACAACUUCUAACGAGCAGCAACAAGUAAAUGGAAGGGGUGGUGCUCGAUUUGGACGAGGACGAGGGAUUUUUGGGAAUGGUAAAGUUUUAUACUUCUAAAACAAAUAACUUUUCUGCUAUUAACAAUUCUUCAACGACAAACGAUGACCAGCAAAAUACAAUUUUCAAUGGGAGAGGUGGUACUCGUGGACGUAGCCGGGGAAGCUUUGGAAAUAAUGCCGCUCCUAUUGAUAAUUCUCAAGCAUUUGACAAUAAUUCAACAACAAGUAAUCAACAACCAGUUCGAGGAAAAGCUGCUAUUCGUAGUUGGCGGGGAAAUAAUCGUGGUGGAAAUUUGGGAUCUGUAGGUUCGAGUACUGGUUCUACUUCAGAUCUCAAUAAUAAUGGCAACCAAUCAACCCCAUUUGGUGGAAGGGGUCGUGCUGGUGGUACUCGAGGAAACUUUGGAUAUGGUAAAUUUCAUUUUUUAUUACUGUCUUCCCCCCCCCCCUUAUUAAUCAUUAUAAUUUGUUUUUAUAAUGUUCAGAUUUCUGGUAACAGUAAUAUUUAUAGCCAAGACUUGAGAUACUUUUCUGGUUCUCGCACAAGCUCGAAUGGCGAUGUUCGUGAUACAGCGUCUUUGGGCGGCCAGCAAUCAGCAAUUUUCAAUGGGAGAGGUGGAACUAGUGGACGUAGCCGAGGAAGCAGCUUUGGCAAUAAUGCCGUUGGUUCUCGCACAAAUUCGAAUAGUGAUGUUCGUGAUACAGCGGCUUUGGAUGGUCAACAAUCAACAAAAUUUAUUGGAAGAGGCGGCUCACGUGGCCUUGGCCGAGGAAAUUCUGUUCCACAAACGAACACUUCUGACUUUGAUAAUUCUUCGACGACAAAUAAUCAACAAUUUCGAGGACGAGGUGGCUUUAACGGCGGACGUGGCAAUGGACGUGGAAAUUUUGCUUCUGGUGCUAAUUCCGUUCCACUUUUGGAGUCUAUUUCUGUAGAACGCCCAAAUGUGAGGAACAACUGCAAUACUUUUAAUAAUGAUUUUGAACGUCGCCAACGAUCACGACAGCCAAGCUUUUCCAACGCAUCGACUGAAGAUUUUGGUCGAAAACGUCAAUCACGCAGUUAUAGACCUGUUGAUAAACCAAUUGAAGAAGUCUUUGCUGAAGAUCAGGAAUGUAAAGAAAUGUAUAUUGAUGUAACUGAUCAGGAUGAUAAUGUGGAUAUAAUUGGUAUUGCGAGUGGUGAUCAAAGGAUAUUUGAAAACUGGAAUGAACUCAAUUUGCAUCCUGCCUUGUAUGAAAAUAUUAUGAAGGCAAAAUAUAUACGUCCAAGAAAAAUUCAAUCUCAUGUUAUUCCGUAUUUACUUGAUGGUUGCGAUUUAAAAGGUCAUUCUGAGACUGGAAGUGGAAAGACAGGAGCUUUUGCAAUACCCAUUAUUCAAUUUAAACGUGAACUUCCUGGACCUGUUCCUCUUGCAGUCAUUAUAGAACCAACACGUGAACUUUGUGUUCAAGUGUAUGAUCAAUUUCGAAAAUUUGCUAACGGCACUUUCAUAAGAGUUUGCAAAGUAUAUGGAGAGACAUCUAUGCAAGAUUCAAUUGCACAAAUUACGAAAGGCUGUGAUAUUCUUAUUGCCACGCCUGGAAGAAUUAAACAUUUUAUUGUAAAAGCCAAUUUUGUUGACAUUUCAAAAUUGAAAUUUUUUGUUUUGGAUGAAGUUGAUCAUAUGUUAAAUACAGAGUUUUUGGAGGAUAUUCGAGCACUUAUUGAAUUUCCUCGUUUUCCAACGAAAAGUAACAGACAAUGUCUUCUAUUUUCUGCGACGUUCCCGCCUGAUAUUCAGCAAUUGGCUUCAGAAUUGCUUCGAGAUAACUUCGUUUUUGCAUCAAACAAAAAACCUGUCUCGCCUAAUUCUAAGAUUGUCCAAAACUUUUAUCAAGUUGAAACAAACCACAAGGGAGAAUUUCUUUUGGAAUUAUUAAAAAAAGAAUUGGAUGGGGAUGGAAUGAAAAAUUGCAAGCGAUGUCAAACUUCGACGCACAUUGGUUUUUGUGGAAACUCGGAAAGAUGCCGAUAGAAUUUC